GUUCAUCGGAGACGGAGAGGCUUGCACAGGACAGGAUAAAAUGGAGAGCUGUACCAAACCAGCACUGGGACUCCUGAAGAUUACGUCAACAACAUGCAUUCUUAUGAACUUUGAGUUUUCGACUAUACUCUUUGACUGCUUCGAAUCUGAAGUAUUGUUUCUGCACAGGCGUCAUUGUGUGGUGUUUGUAAAUAUGAAGCAGUAGUUGAAAACAUCGUUAGAAUUAGUUUUAGUUGUUAGUGGAGAUGGUGUAGCUACUCGUGGGGGACCAUGGCUGAAGUGAACGUAAGUCCCGAUGAAGAAGAACGUGUCCAUUUCAGAAGAAUAGUUGCUGCCUUUAAAUGUUACAGAGAAAUGUAUGAAACAAGACUAAGGAGGGCAGAAACAAAUUUGAGAAAACUUUCUGCAAGGCACCAACAGCUCCUACAAAGUUAUAAGUUGCAUCUGCGCAGUGUCAGAGAAUGUAUUGAGAAAAAUGCUGAGGUUCUUUCAGCAUUUGUUCAAGAUGCUUAUGCACUGUUUGACAAUGCGGAGGAAUUUGAAAGAGGUGGACGUGAUGAGCCACCUACUUGGCAAGACAUUGAGAAGCUGCAGGCAACAUUGAAAAGUGUGUAUCGCGAUUGGACUGUUGAGGGAGCUCUCGAGCGAGACCAAUGCUAUAAACCAAUACUUGAAGCUAUUGACAACCAUUUCUCCACUGAAAAGGCACUUCGCCAGGAGAUUAAAAUAUUAGUCCCAGGUGCUGGGUUGGGUCGUCUGAUGUUUGAAGUAGCAUGCCGAGGCUACAGCUGCCAGGGUAAUGAAGUCUCAUAUUUCAUGUUGUUAUCAUCAUAUUUUCUAUUAAACAGGUGUCAUACUGCACAUAUGUUUACAAUUUACCCAUGGGUACAUAAUUUUGCAAACAACCUGACCUGUGAGUCCCAAACUCGAGGUGUCACAUUUCCUGAUGCUGUUGCCAGCGAAAUCUUGAGCUCUUCCGACCUCAUGUCUAUGGCCGCCGGAGAUUUUAUGGAGAUUUAUCAUGAAAAUGCUUACUGGGACUGUGUAGCAACUUGUUUCUUUAUUGACUGCUCAAGUAAUGUUGUAGAUUGCAUAGAGAAGAUAUACAGCAUUCUCAAACCAGGUGGCAUAUGGGUGAACUUGGGCCCAUUAUUGUAUCACUAUUCAGAUGCAACUACAAAACAGCCUCUGGUGGAACCUCCAUUUGAUAUAGUUCUGAGCAUUAUUAAGAAAUUUGGAUUCGAUGUGCAGACUGUAAGAUAUAAUGUGGAGAGUACUUACGCGCACAACACCGAGUCAUUGUUGCAGUAUAAAUACAAGAGUAUAUUUUUUGUCUGCACUAAACCUGUACCAGUACAUCAGACAGAAGCACACGCUGCGGUUGAAGAAAAUGUGGAAAAUGCUGCUGGAACAAGUUCUUCCCAAAGUGAAAAUCCUUCAUGCACAAACCCGACAGCUUCAUCUGAAUCACACACUAAGAAGAGAAAGUCGAAACCAAAUUCUGAAGAAACACAAGAAUUUUCAGAUUCACCUACGACUGAUGUACAAAGUGAUAAAUAGCAACAUGAUUCUGACAUAAAUACUACUGACUGAAAAGAAAGAUGAAAUAGAAUGUAAACCCUGGGGCAACAUUAAUCCUCACAUUCCUUGAAUCAUUGUAUUUCUGAAUCUUCCACUAAACAGAAGUUUCCUUCACAUCAUUAACUGGGUGUGCACAUUUUCCCACAUAUUAUGCCACGUGGGAAAUUUUAUUUUAUAUACAUAUUAUAUUUGAUCACUUCAUAUAAACAGUCUAUUUGCAUUUCAUCCUUUUGUCAGUAUCAUUAAGCUCCAUUACAUAACUCUGCCAUACAGCACAAUUUCUCCAUCUUCUGUUCCUUGCAUCAUCAUAAAUUUUUCCCUCUAAAGGCUUUAUUCUCUGUAAUUCUAAUUUUUGUGUAAUUUUUAUCUCUGGUAUUAAGACACUCCUUUUCUCUCUUACUUCUUUUAAGACUUCAUUGCAUUUUAGUCCUUGAACUGAACUGAUUAACUGCUAAGUAUCAUGUUCACAUAAUCAGUUCCAAACUGUCAAUAACCUUCAUAAUGUAAAAUUAAUUGCCCUUUAUUUAUCUUCUCUCUCACCUGAAAAAGUAAGUUGAAGGCUAGUGAUAUUUAUUUUGUCAUGGUCUCAAAUCAUCGAUUUUCAUAUCAGAUAAGAGAAGAUGUAUUUCCCUUAGGUUUUAAUUUAUCUCUUCUGUUGUCAUAAGCACUAGUCUGUGUAUGACUAGCAAUUCGUGGUUCUUCUGUAUGUACCAGUGCAAAGCUUUCUGUGAUGACAAUUUCAUUUUUAAAAUAAAAACAAAAGCCAAAGUCCUUCAUUGUUUGGAAUAUUUGGGGACUGUGUGUGUGUGUGUGUGUGUGUGUGUGUGUGUGUGUGUGUGUGUGUGUGAAGCACUCAGAAGUAGAGGUACAAAAAUGAGUCAAAUUGACAAAGCCUUUGGAAGUAUGAGCCAAUUUAUCAGUAAAUAUAUAAAGUUGUUGUCAGCAUUAUCCCAUUUAUCAGUAUGACAUUGCACCCACACUGGCCUGGAUGCUUGCUCUGAUUCAGUUGGGAAGGGUGUCAUAAAGCCAUUGUAUCUUGUUCUGAGGCAAGCUGGCCCACAUCUGUCAUAAAUGGUCCUUGAUAUCCUUGAUACUAGCACUUGGAAUGAAUGCAUGUCCAAGUUGGCCCCAGGCAUGUUCUUUCAGGUACAGACCAGGGGAUCUUGCUGACCAUGAGAAUAUUUCCAUCAUGAUGCAGUCAGUUCAUAGACAUUCACAUCAUGUGUGGACGAGCAUUGUCUUGUUGAAAACUGGCACCACAAUAUUGUAUGUCAUGUGAAACAUAACACAUGGGAAUGCUGGAUAUCCUUGACAUUCCAUCAUGCCACCAUAGUUGUUUCAGUCACUACGAGCUAUGACCUGAAGUCAUACGACCGAGCGAGGUGGUGCAGUGGUUAGCACACUGGACUCGCAUUCGGGAGGACGACAGUUCAAUCCCGUCUCCGGCCAUCCUGAUUUAGGUUUUCCAUGAUUUCCCUAAAUCGCUUCAGGCAAAUGCCGGGAUGGUUCCUUUGAAAGGGCACGGCCGAUUUCCUUCCCAUCCUUCCCUCACCCGAGCUUGCGCUCCAUCUCUAAUGACCUAGUUGUCGACAGAACAUUAAACACUAAUCUCCUCCUCCUCCUCCUCCUGAAGCCAUACUCUAUGGCUCCCCACAUCAUGGCAUCAGGAGUGACAACACUGUGCUUCUCCAAAACAUUGGAAGAGUAGGACCUCUUCCUAGGCCACAGCUGUAUUUGUUGAUGAUGGUCACGUAGUGUGGUGCAGACCCACAAUUCAUCACCGAACAGAAUACAACACUGACCAUCAGCAGUCCAUGCUUCCCAGGCACAGCACAACUCCAAACUUGGCCAUUUGUGUUGUGGUGUUAAUGGCAGCUUUUGUACAUAAUGGUAAUUCCUUGGUCCAGCUGCUGCUAGUCUCCAACCAAUAAUGCAGAAUGACACAGAGUGUUGCAGGGAGCUGAUUACUUGUUCUUGAAUGGCAGGCACAGAUGUGAAGGGGUUACAGUGUGCAUGAUGCACAACACAGUGAUCCUCCUUUGAGGUGGUCAGACAUUGUCAGUUGGAAUUUUGACAAGUAUGCCUGCCCUCACAUUCUCAUGCAGUCCAGUAUUGAGCCACUGUCACAUCCAAAUGCCUCACAAAUCUGGAAAUACCGCGAUUUGACCAGCAAGCCAAACGGAGACCGACAAUGAGGCCCCUUUCAAACUCUGUCAGGUGCUGAUAACACUUUCUCAGAGGAGUACACAGUAUCUCCAUGUCCUUCACAGUGGUCAUUCAACAUCCAACACUGUUCCCACUUCCUGUAUAUCUUGCCAGGCCUAGUAACAACACUAAUAAUGAACAACAUUAAUGCACUCUGGUGGCCUCCCACAGAGAACUGCUACUCUUAAUCAUUUAUCCUCCUGCCGAUGGUAUGUACUUAUUCAAAGUGACAUUGAUUCCAACCAUGUCUCUGGGUGUUUCACUUUUUUAUCAUGUAUUGUGUUUUUGCUACUGUUGGAUGUUACCAGACACUUGAAGAAAUGAACCAAAUGAUUCAGUAACAUAAAUUGAAAUAAAUGAAAUGAAUAUAAUAUUUCCAGGCAUACUGUUUAAUUUACCAGAAAUUGCUGAGAAACACUUCUUAUUGAAAACUGUGUAUUAAACAAUUGUAUGAUGAUGUAAAUAUUCACAUAUUUUUUUCUUAUUUUUUGGGAAGACCAUCAGAAAUGUAAUGUGCCCUGUACCAAACCAUAAAGCUGUGAUUGAUCCAUAGGUUGCAAUACCAUAGUGCUUUGCUAGACACAGUCCUAUUGGAGGUGGUAUGCCCUUGCCUUUCUGUGGCCUUUGAACUGACUUACCCAGCUAGUUAUUGGGGACCUACAGUUUAAUGUAGACUCGUAAUCAUGGUGCAGCUCAGUAUUUUUCACAUUAAGGCAAAAGAAGUUGUAAGUGAAUGAUAAAAAUCGUUACAGUGAUUGGGGAUUGAAACCCCAACUUUUAGAUAUGUAAUGUGGCACUCAACCACUGAGCUGCGACUACCACAACACAAAAGAAACAAGUUUGUUUGCAUUAAUGGGGAAUUAGUUGCCAUGGUUUGUUAGUGAGCAUCAGGUUUCUUUUCUACCUUGAAGUCCAUCCUGACACUCAUAGAAGGUUUAUGAAAAUCAAUUGACCCUGGUCAUUUGUGAGCAGUUUACUACAGACAUGUUCUUGCAUUCCAGUGCCAAGUAUGAUGUCUGACUCAGAAGAUAACAUUGUAGAAAGUGGAUUUGAUUCAUUAAAAUGUAAAGACUCUGCUUGAGGUUGGAGAAUGGUCAGUCAAGCUGUAAUAUACCGUGACAAAUAGCUUUUUAGUGAUGUCAAGGUAAUAUGCUUUUAAUAGUGAUUGUAUGAUUCACUUUCUUUACUAACUUAUGUAUCAGUGAGUGUGUGCUUUAUUGUUAAAUGAUAAUGUGUUACACAAUAUUCUCAUAGGGGUCCAGUUCCCAGCUGAAUUCUGAUGCAGACAGUCAUAACUCAAGCAGUAAAGAAGGGGUUUACAAAAAUGAAGGGACACCUCAAACGAGAUAAAUGGGAAUUGAAAACUGAUCAUUUUGAUCAUAAGGAAACAAUAAAAUACCUGAGAAAGGUAAAUGAAAUGUGAAGAGAUAGAAGUAUAAUAUUCCU